AUGGUGGGUGCACCCAGCUCGGCGCCCUCCGGGGCCCCCAGCUGCCUGCCUCGCCUAAGGAUGCACGACCAGAGCUGGGACCUCCGCCCUCCCCCGCGGCGCCAGUCUUUGGAAUCUGGCGUCGCCCCCACCUCGCCCCUGGAAGUGGGGGUCCCGCACCGCUGGGCCCCGCCACCAUACCCAGGCCGCGUGGGGAGAAGAUUAACGCCAUCAAUGAACUCUUUAAUUGAGCUCGGAAGGCGGGUGCUGUUGUGCUUCCGCCAGCUAUUCGUUGACGAAAGUGGAGAUAUUGGCAGACCGGUUGACCAAUCAAAGAAGGUGUCGGUGAGCGCGGGACGCCACUCACGCAAGGUGCCCGAGCGGCUUGACCAGAGCUGCUACAAUUGCAGCAAGAGGCAUCUGCUGAAAGAUUUGGAACAGAAGAAGGUGGCUACUCCGACCCAGACCAACUGUAAACAGUCACCCGCAGCCCUGGAGCAGGCCAAGACCCCUGGUGCUCCUGGGAGCCCCCAGACACCCCCAGAGCCUCAUGACCCUGGUAGUUCCCUGCCCCUGACACCCGGGCUAGAGAGCCACUCAGAGGAGGAAGACCCUACGGGCGCUGGCGGCGGCCUGGGCUGGAGCAGUAGGGGUUCCCGGACCCAGAGCCCAGGGGGCGGCCCCGUGGAGGCUGUGCUGGGCCGGAAGAAGCACCGCAGGAGGCCUUCAAAGCGCAAAAGGCACUGGCGGCCCUACCUGGAGCUGAGCUGGGCCGAGAAGCAACAGCGGGAUGAGAGGCAGAGCCAGAGGGCCUCCCGGGUCCGCGAGGAGAUGUUCGCCAAGGGCCAGCCCGUGGCGCCCUACAACACCACCCAAUUCCUGAUGAAUGACCGAGACCCUGAGGAGCCCAACCUGGAAGUGCCCCAUGGGGCCUCCCAGCCGGGCUCCAGCGGGGAGAGUGAGGCGGGGGACAGCGACGACGGGCGAGGCCGGGCUCACGGGGAGUUCCAGCAGAGGGACUUCUCCGAGGCCUACGAGCGCUACCACACGGAGCGCCUGCAGGACCGCAGCAAGCAGGAGCUGGUUCGAGACUACCUGGAUCUGGAGAGGCGGCUGUCGCAGGCCGAGGAGGAGACCAGGAGGCUGCAGCAGCUGCGAGGGGACCCCGGCCGCCUGCCCUGCCGCCAGGUGGAGGAGCUGGCCGCCGAGGUCGAGAGGCUCCGGACAGAGAACCAGCGGCUCCGGGAGGAGAACGCGAUGUGGAACCGGAAGGGCAGCUGUCCCGAUGGGGAGCCGGGCACCUAGUGGGGCCCCCCCACUCAGGUCACCCCAAGGAGAAAGUCCCGUUUCAUACACACUCAGGCCGCUGGGUCUCAGGGAGGCAGGCGGCAGAUGGAAACCACUCCCAGGCCCCCCACCCCGGGUCCCCCGAGAACAGCUAAAAUCGGUUGAGCCUUCUACCUUGUCAUUCCCAUAAUCUGUUCUUUGAUGUCUUCCUAUUUUUCUCAAAGAAAUUAAAUGAUUUUCCGGAGAUCA